GGAAAGCUGUCCUGAGGUGAGUUUAGAAAGGAAGUUGUCACAUACGCCCAUCUAGUGUGCAGUGUAUUUCCUUUACUGCACUUCACAGCACAGAAAUGACUCAACCCAGAAGCACAGCUUCUACAUAUGCAGCUCGAUGGAAAAUGUGGCUUUUAAAGGUCUUUAGUGUCAUAUGUUUCACUGCUGUUUGUGCAGCUCAGGAACCUGCUCAUGUCACCCCCACCUCAAUCAGAGAAGUUAAUACGGACACUCCAAUUGAGACUACAACUGCCAAAGAGCCUCCUGUACCGACUUUGACGCUUGUGUCACACUGGUUGGAUGUGUUCCCUUCUGAGAAAGCGGAGUUUCGUUGUUAUGUCGAUAGCAGCCCUGACUGGACCUUCACCUGGUACAAAAAUGCAGAGCAACUACAAGAUACAGAUCCAAACGUGUCUACAGCGGGAUCAAAUCUUACACUCACUGCAGCCACACCAACAUAUUCCGGAAGAUAUUCCUGUAAAGGUCAUCACAAAACCAAGCCAGAUGUUACCACAGCAUCUAGUGAAGCAGUCAAACUCACAGUAAAUGCAAACCGCCCCAAAACCAUUUUGACCCGCAGUUCAACAUUUGACAAGAUGUUCCCCGGAGAGUCUGUCACCUUUACAUGCCAGGUCGAUGUGCCGUCUGAAUGGAGUUAUAUUUGGUACCAUAAUGACAAAGAAAUACUAGGCUCUAAUCAAAAUAUUCAAAUUGGAGUAAAUCAUUCUGAAAGUGGACAGUACCACUGCAAAGCCAAAAGAGGCAAAAGCCCAUUCUUCACAGAGAACAGUGAAGCAACAACUUUACAGGUCUCUGACCCGCCUAAACCGUCUCUAAAGCUGCUGAGUCCCUGGCUGGAUGUGUUUGAAAAUGAGACGGUGGAGUUUAGCUGUGAAGUGGAAAGCGAUGACUGGACGAUCAGUUGGUACAAAAAUCAAAAGGCUCUUGAGGAUGAUCCAAACAUAGACACAAUGGACUCCUCUUUCAACAUCACCUUGGUCACUCAAGCCCAUCAAGGACUCUACUCCUGCAAAGCUGAACUCGAAUUGAGGGGAGUCAGCUCGGAUUUCAGCAACACGGCUAAUCUGACAGUAUAUGAGCCUCCUGUACCGACUUUGACGCUUGUGUCACACUGGUUGGAUGUGUUCCCUUCUGAGAAAGCGGAGUUUCGUUGUUAUGUCGAUAGCAGCCCUGACUGGACCUUCACCUGGUACAAAAAUGCAGAGCAACUACAAGAUACAGAUCCAAACGUGUCUACAGCGGGAUCAAAUCUUACACUCACUGCAGCCACACCAACAUAUUCCGGAAGAUAUUCCUGUAAAGGUCAUCACAAAACCAAGCCAGAUGUUACCACAGCAUCUAGUGAAGCAGUCAAACUCACAGUAAAUGCAAACCGCCCCAAAACCAUUUUGACCCGUAGUUCAACAUUUGACGAGAUGUUCCCCGGAGAGUCUGUCACCUUUACAUGCCAGGUCGAUGUGCCGUCUGAAUGGAGUUAUAUUUGGUACCAUAAUGACAAAGAAAUACUAGGCUCUAAUCAAAAUAUUCAAAUUGGAGUAAGUCAUUCUGAAAGUGGACAGUACCACUGCAAAGCCAAAAGAGGCGAAAGCCCAUUCUUCACAGAGAACAGUGAAGCAACAACUUUACAGGUCUCUGACCCGCCUAAACCGUCUCUAAAGCUGCUGAGUCCCUGGCUGGAUGUGUUUGAAAAUGAGACGGUGGAGUUUAGCUGUGAAGUGGAAAGCGAUGACUGGACGAUCAGUUGGUACAAAAAUCAAAAGGCUCUUGAGGAUGAUCCAAACAUAGACACAAUGGACUCCUCUUUCAACAUCACCUUGGUCACUCAAGCCCAUCAAGGACUCUACUCUUGCAAAGCUGAACUCGAAUUGAGGGGAGUCAGCUCGGAUUUCAGCAACACGGCUAAUCUGAGAGUAUAUGCAAACCGCCCCAAAACCAUUUUGACCCGCAGUCCAACAUUUGAUGAGAUGUUCCCCGGAGAGUCUGUCACCUUUACAUGCCAGGUCGAUGUGCCGUCUGAAUGGAGUUAUAUUUGGUACCAUAAUGACAAAGAAAUACUAGGCUCUAAUCAAAAUAUUCAAAUUGGAGUAAAUCAUUCUGAAAGUGGACAGUACCACUGCAAAGCCAAAAGAGGCGAAAGCCCAUUCUUCACAGAGAACAGCGAAGCAACAACUUUACAGGUCUCUGAAAUCCCUGUCCCAACCUUGAACACAAUCACACCAUGGCUGGAUGUGUUCCCAGAGGAGAGUGUGAAGUUAAGCUGUGGGAUGAAUGACAAUGCUGACUGGAUUUACAAGUGGUCCAAAGAUGGAAAUGAGGUCCAAGCUGAUAAGUUUGCUUCUUUUGACUCGAAAGGAGCAACUCUUUCCAUCAGCUCUGCUUCAGCUGCACAUGCAGGAAAUUAUAACUGCAAGGCACAGCUGAGUCAAAGGUCUGUCAGCAGCCGCUUUAGCUCUAGACUUCAUCUCACAGUAUAUGAUACAAAACCCAGAGUCACCCUGAUGCAGAAUCCCAAACACAAUGUGAUGUAUUCUGGAGAUGAAGUCACCUUUAGCUGCCACAUUAAUGUGUCUUCUGGAUGGGAGUACCUGUGGCACAAAGAUGGCAGUCCACUCGCCUCAUCUGGAUACAGUCGCACCAUCCACUCUGUUAGGACAACAGAAUCUGGAUCAUAUCAAUGCCAAGUUAAAAGAAGAAAUAUUACAGACUUCCUCUCAGACCGGAGCAAGGCUGUGAAACUCGUUGUUAGGGAGCGCCCACAGCCUAAUAUAAUCCUGUUAACUGGCUGGUCGGAAGUCUUCUCCACUGACAGCUUGGUGCUCCAAUGUGGAAUGCCAGAAAGCCAGGACACAUGGAACUACACAUGGUUCAAAGAGGGAAAACCAAUCGUUGAUCUGAUCUCUGAGAAACACAUAGUCACACCCCUGGAAAACCCUGAGCAAAGUCUUUACACCUGCCAGGGAAAUAGCAACGGUAGACCAUCUUAUUCAAAAAUCAGUGAUUCUUUCAAAACCAAGAACCUACUUUUAAAGAGGAGGGUGCUUCUCUCCAUCUCUGGCCUUAUCUUCUUUGGCAUCAUCGCUGUCUUCCUUGGAUGCAUUGUCCUCAGACUCUUCCGGAAACCAGAUGAUGAUGACGAUAAACUACAAGAAGCUGAGCUGUUUCUCACCAUGGCUCAGCUUAAGGAGCGUGAUGAUGCACCCUGUCCCAUGGUUCAGUACAUCACUGAUGCAGAACUAAAUCCUUCAUCUAAAGAAGAGGAUGAGAAUGGAACAGUCUGCAGUGAUACCACACCAUUACCAAUAACCUCGCAGGAGGAUCAAGCUGUGACGAGUGAGAGCAGCGGAACAACAGAAAAUGGAGGGCUGGUUUCCUUUAAACAAUGACUCACUGAACCUUUGCAUUUUAGUAGAUCUUUUUUAAUUAGUCAAUAGAUUUACUACAGCCCUGUGAGGCUGGACAUUACAAACAACAUUGUGGAAAUAUUGAAACUGGAUAUAAAAUAGACGUAUAAUUCUACAUUUGGAUAUUUCUGAAGAUCUGGAUAAAAGUACAUGCACUGAGAUUCUUCCUCUGGGAACUCUUUAUUUUUGUAAAUAAAUGUGAUUUAAAAAAAUUGAUUUGAUAUUGAAUCCUGGAACAACAUAUUGGCUCGCAUUGCCAUAUAGAUGUGUAUAGAUUUUUUCUGCACUGAAAAUGAUUUGGUUGAAGAAUACUGUUGAAAUUUUACAUAUUAUAUUUCACAUCAUUGAACUGUUAAAGUUAAUGUUAAAAUAUGAAACUAUUAUUUAUGUAAUAAGCAUCAAUCAUAUAAAUGUUUACCUUUAAUUGUUAGCAAUUAUUCAAUGCAAUGUAUGUACUGUAUGUGUUAACUGAAGGAGAAUUUGAUUUAUUUAUCAAUCCUCAUUAAGUAAGUGUUUCAAUUCUUAGAGCUAACAUUUUGGGCCAGAUUCAUCAUAGACAAACUUUUUCUCAUAAACUGGUCUUUAUAAAGGUGUGUGUGCAAAUUACUUCAGAUGAGGCAUAAACAGUUUUAGCUGAAAUACAUAAUAAGAGUAUAUAGUAAAACCUGGUUUGAUAUCCUACUUAAAUGAUGUAAGUGAAAAUAAGUCUUCUUCAAAGCCUUCAGCAAUGAGUGUUAUUUGUUUUUUCAUUUGAAUGAUUAUGUUUUUCUACAUUAUGAUAUAUAAAUGUAUUACAAGCAAUUGUGGUUUCCUAUGUAAUUAUCAAAAUAAAAAAUACAAAAUGUU